UCCAGUCCUCCUGUCCUCUUCCUUUCCCUCUCCUCUUCCUCCCUUCUACCCCUUAAUUUUCUUUAGACUCAAACCUCAUCUGGUGAUCUUUUCUGAUAAUUGUAGAAGUUUCUGCUGGAUUUUGUUAAGUUGUUCUUCCAUUUUUUGUUUGGAUCACUGGAUUCAAACCGUCGAGUGACCAACCAGGCAAUUCAGAGACAAACCAACGAGCAAGUAUGACAGAUAAACCGGGCUUGCCAACAGGUGGUGGAGAUGAUGCAGGUAGCAUCAUGGCGUUGCUGGAGCGCGUGGCAGGCCUCAUGGACAGCGUCCAGAUCACACAGCAGCGCAUGGAGGAGCGUCAGCUGGAGCUGGAAAACACAGUGAAAACCAUCCAGGCUGAUGUGGUCAAGCUCACCAGUGACCACGCCAACACCAGCUCCACUGUUGAUCGGCUGCUGGAGAAGACUCGCAAGGUCAGCCGCCACAUCAAGGAUGUCCGGGUGCGUGUGGAGAACCAGAACAUCAGGGUUAAGAAGGUGGAAGCCACCCAGAGCGACCUGCUUGCCAAGAACAAGUUCAGGGUGGUCAUUUAUCAGGGUGACCAGGAGGUGAAAGCUGUCACACCAGGGAAUGAGCCAGCAGAAUCUAGUGGUGCUGCUGCAGCUAGACCUGAAGUGGAACCGGAUAAGUUCGAGCUCCCUCCAGAGUCUGAUGAAGAAUACAUGGUGGUGGAAGAGGCUGAUUCCUCAGCAGCUGGCCGUGCGAAGAAGACAGGGCUGACACGCAUUGAGAGCUUCAAAGCUACCUUUUCAAAGGAGAACAUGAGCAAGACCCGCGAGAACCUGGGCAAAUUCGGUGAACGAAUCGUGACGGCAGAGAGGCGCGAGAAGAUUCGUCAGUCCGGAGAGAGGCUGAAGCAGUCAGGUGAAAGGCUGAAGGAAACCAUCACCAAGAACGUCCCAGCAAAACUCAACCUGAAGAAGGAGAGGACAGUGGCGGAGGGUCAGGAAGGAGCCGAGGGAGCCGCAGAGGGAGCCGUACCCGUUCCUCCUCCCAAAGGCCGUAAGGGCAGUCCGCAUGCUGCCAGGGUGGCUGAUGAUGAGGGCAAGGCUGAGGAGUCCGAAGUGCCAAUGUACGACAUGAAACAGCUGUCAUAAACCACUAGAUCUGGGCCCCUUUCUUUGGACUUAAGAGACCACACUGAAUGAGAGAAAGAAGGUUCCGGGAUGUCUGCUGAGGAGCAGAGGUGUUUUAAUAAAGAUUACCUUUUACUGAAGAUUGUUGAGGGAAGUGAGCAGACAACGGGCCAGUAACAGAUCAAUUCUGACUGAACAUGAAGACAAUAAUCCAAUAGAUUCUUAAACUCUUGAACUGACAAUUAUCCCCGAAUCCAUAAGAUACAGAGGGUCAAUUUUUGUUUUGUUUCCAAUAAACACUGACUCUGAACUAAUGAACAAAGCUUCUCAUAUCACACCGUUGCUGUUCACUUGCUUGCAUGUUGACGAGGUUUAAAUGUUGGAUGAUGAAGAUGGAAUGGUUAUAUGGUACAUUUAGUUCUGUAACAUGUUGGAAAAAAGAGAGAAAGCCCAGUUGAAUAAACUGGACUUUGUGUUUGGUAACAAUGGUUUGUUUCCAUAGAGGUUUUCAUGGGUUCUAAGGUUGGCUUGUGGCAGACUGAUGACACAGAGAGCUCAGAGUGAGACCAGAUCAGAAAUAUAGUUUGUACUGUCACAGUUAAAGUUCUGAAUCUGGUUUCAGAGACAGAAGACCUGUGAAGAUCUCUAGUUUGUGUUCUUAGAAGAAACAUUUUCCAUUGCUUUGAUGAGUAUGGCAAAAAAAAAAAAAAAAUAGCAAGAUGAAAUUAAGUUCUGAAAAUUUGUAAUAAGUGGGAAAGUAACUCCGCACGUUCUCCCAAUGGGUUCUCCUGGUACCCCGUCUUCCUCCCACAGUCCCACAGUGUGAGCAUGAACGGUUGUCUCUCUGUGUUGGCCCUGCAGUGGACUGGCGACCUGUUCAGGGUGUACCAUGCCUCUCGCCUAGUAUCCCCUGGGGCAGGCUCCAGAACCCUUGCAAGCCUAUGUCGGCAUAAGCAGGUAUAGAAAAUGGAUGGUUGGAAAAGAAAAAAGUUGCAGCAAAAAUUUCUUAAAGAGAAUAAAAUAAACUUAAGUUUUGUAGAAAGUUUAAAAGAUUUCAGGGGAAUCAGAUUCGGUCAGUUCAACGUCCCUGUAAGACCCUGCCAAGACCUUUUUAAAAUUUACUUUACAGGACAUGAUCUACAGUCGAAGCAACAUUUCAACCAGAAGUGCCCACAUCAUGGGUGUCAUGCGUCCACUGUGAUCUAAAUUCCUGGGAAGUUUAGGAAAAUGAGUCAAUUGUAGAAAUCAGUAGUGUGGCACCUUCCUGCAGGGGUGUGCUGAGAUGUGGCAGUUUUGUUUUGGUUUGUCUUUAUUUUAUUUUUUAUUCGUGCUUAGACAAGCCCCAAAAAAGGCGUUUGAAUUCUCUGGUUGCUAAUUAUCUCUGUUUUGUUUUCACAUUUGCAGGUUCCCUUCAUAAUUUAUUAUUUAGCUUGUUGACCCCACCAGCUGUGCUGUGAUGUGGCCACUCAUUACAGUAGCUAGAUAUGUGAUAAAACAUUCUGUUUACAAACAGUUGCAUAUCUAAAAGUGAACAGUUUUACAAGCUGUGACAGACUAAAAGUGAGAUAUGACAAAAAGGUGGAAAAAGACAAAGAGUACUCAACCAAUUAGAAAUGUUUUGACAGAGUAUUUUCAAAAGAAUUUCCUUCUAACUGUGGUUGGUUUAAAAUUUCUUCCUAUUACUUUAAGUUUCUGGUUCCUGCAGUAGAAAAACAGAAAGUAUCUUUAAAGUUACUGGGGAAAGUUCCCACAGGUCAAUAUGCAGAUGUUAUGUAACUGCAGCUUGAAGAGAGGCGGGGCUGCAUAUUUGACUCCACCUCUAACUUUCAACCAAAGUUGCUUUCCUGUCGGUUACAACAGAGGUUUCUACUGAACUGUGGAACCCUGAAAAGCAGCACAUCCCAUCAGGCUGAAAAUAAAGCUAGCCUUUUCUGAGGUUUUUCUCUAACAAAUAACCUGGUGAUUGAUAUUUAUUCUCCAAGUAAAGCUUGCCAUAUUGAUCACUGACGUCUCUACUGUAAUCUUGAUUUUUGUUUUAUUUUUAGCUUAAGUUAGAGUGAUUGCAUGGCUGCAGAUAGUCAGAAAUAAAACAUUUCAGCAGUUUGUGUUUGACAUGAGAAAAUAAAGGUUUACUUGAAUCA